UGGUUCGGCCCGGUCCUGGGCUCAUUGUGCUCGCCUCACGCCGGCCCAAGAUGGCGGCGGCGCUGGAGGCCCCGGUCCUGUGACCACAAAGAGGGAGCCGGGGCCCGGACGGGAGCGCGGCGGCAGCGGCGGCGGCUGCGGCCGAGGCCCAGGCCAGGCCCCCUCCCCUCAGCCUCCCGCCCGCCCUCCUUCACUCCUGCCCCGCCCCCGCCGGCGGCGCCCCGCCCCUCCCCCAACCGCCCGACUAGCAUGGUGCGACUGCCGCGCGCGCCGACAUGGGGGAGAAGCUGGAGCUGAGGCUCAAGUCGCCCGUGGGGGCCGAGCCCGCCGUCUACCCGUGGCCGCUGCCGGUCUACGACAAACACCAUGAUGCUGCUCAUGAAAUCAUUGAGACCAUCCGAUGGGUCUGUGAGGAAAUCCCAGACCUCAAGCUUGCUAUGGAGAAUUAUGUCCUAAUUGACUAUGACACCAAAAGCUUUGAAAGCAUGCAGAGGCUCUGUGACAAGUACAACCGGGCCAUUGACAGCAUCCACCAGUUGUGGAAGGGAACCACACAGCCUAUGAAGCUGAACACGCGGCCAUCCAACGGGCUCCUGCGGCACAUCCUGCAGCAGGUUUACAACCACUCAGUGACGGACCCUGAGAAGCUCAACAACUACGAGCCCUUCUCCCCAGAGGUGUAUGGGGAGACCUCCUUCGACCUGGUCGCGCAGAUGAUUGACGAAAUCAAGAUGACAGAGGAUGACCUAUUUGUGGACCUGGGAAGUGGAGUGGGCCAGGUCGUGCUGCAGGUCGCGGCAGCCACCAACUGCAAACAUCACUACGGAGUCGAGAAAGCUGACAUCCCAGCCAAGUACGCGGAGACCAUGGACCGAGAGUUCAGGAAGUGGAUGAAAUGGUAUGGAAAAAAGCAUGCAGAAUACACACUGGAAAGAGGUGAUUUCCUCUCGGAGGAGUGGAGAGAGCGGAUCGCCAACACAAGUGUUAUAUUUGUGAAUAACUUUGCCUUUGGUCCUGAGGUGGAUCACCAGCUGAAGGAGCGAUUUGCAAAUAUGAAGGAAGGUGGCAGAAUUGUGUCCUCGAAGCCCUUUGCUCCUCUGAACUUCAGAAUAAACAGUAGAAACUUGAGUGACAUCGGCACCAUCAUGCGCGUCGUGGAGCUCUCGCCCCUGAAGGGCUCAGUGUCGUGGACGGGGAAGCCCGUCUCCUACUACCUGCACACCAUUGACCGCACCAUACUUGAAAACUACUUUUCUAGUUUGAAAAAUCCAAAACUCAGGGAGGAACAAGAGGCAGCUCGGCGCCGGCAGCAGCGAGAAAAUAAGAGUAAUACAACCACCCCCACGAAGGUGCCCGAGAGCAAGGCAGCUGUGCCUGCAGACACCUCUGUGGAUUCUGGUGCUGAGGAAGAGAAAGCAGCGACAACCGCUAUCAAGAAGCCGUCCCCUUCCAAAGCACGGAAGAAGAAACUGAACAAGAAGGGACGGAAGCUGGCUGGCCGGAAGCGUGGACGUCCGAAGAAGAUGAGCACUGCGAACCCCGAGCGUAAGCCCAAGAAGAACCCUACUGCACUGGACCUGCUGCACGCCCAGACUGUGUCCCAGACGGCCGCACCCUCACCGCAGGAUGCGUACAAGUCACCUCAAAGUCCGUUUUAUCAGCUACCUCCCAGCGUGCAGCGGCAGCCCCCUGACCAACUGCUGCUGGCACCCACCCCACCCGCACUGCAGAAGCUGCUAGAGUCCUUCAAGAUCCAGUACCUGCAGUUCCUAGCAUACACGAAGACCCCUCAGUACAAGGCCAGCCUGCAGCAGCUGCUGGACCAGGAGAAGGAGAAGAAUGCCCGGUUGCUGGGGGCCGCACAGCAGCUAUUUGGCCACUGUCAAGCCCAGAAAGAAGAAAUAAAGAGACUCUUCCAGCAGAAACUGGAUGAGUUGGGAGUGAAGGCUCUGACCUACAGUGACCUGAUCCAAGCGCAGAAGGAGAUCUCAGCUCACAACCAGCAGCUCCGAGAGCAGACAGAGCAGCUGGAGAAGGACAACAGGGAGCUAAGGAGCCAGAGCCUGCAGCUGCUGAAGGCUCGGUGUGAGGAACUGAAGCUGGACUGGUCCACACUGUCGCUGGAAAACCUGCUGAAGGAGAAGCAGGCCCUGAAGAGCCAGAUCUCUGAAAAACAGAGGCACUGUCUAGAGCUGCAGAUAAGCAUUGUGGAGCUGGAAAAGAGCCAGCGGCAGCAGGAACUCCUACAGCUCAAGUCCUGCGUGCCACCAGACGACUCCACGUCUUUGCACCUGCGAGGGAAAGGUGGCCUGGGCCGGGAACUGGAGGCGGAGCCUGGUCGGCUGCACCUUGAGCUAGACUGCUCUAAGUUCUCACUGCCCCACUUCAGUAGCAUGAGCCCAGAGCUCUCCAUGAAUGGCCACGUGGCCGGCUAUGAGCUCUGCAACACGCUGAGCCGGCCCUCAUCCAAACAGAACACCCCCCAGUACUUGGCCUCCCCACUGGACCAGGAGGUUGUGCCCUGUACCCCCAGCCAUAGCAGCCGGCCCCGGCUUGAGAAACUGUCUGGCUUGGCCUUGCCAGACUACACCAGGCUCUCCCCAGCCAAGCUGGUGCUGAGACGCCACCUAAGUCAGGACCACACAGCCAGUGUCAAGGCAUCUGCUGGCGAGCUGCAUCCACGAGCUGAGCACACCAAGGAGAAUGGCCUUCCGUACCAGAGUCCAGGCCUCACCAACGGCAUCAAGCUGAGCCCUCAGGAUCCACAGCCCUCAUCCCCCAUGGCCUUACAGAUGACAGGAGAAAAGGGCAGUGAGAAGGGUCUGAAGGAGCGCACCUACGCCAGCAGCGGUGAGGCCAUCACCAGCCUACCUGUCAGCAUCCCACUCAGUACUGUGCAGCCCAGCAAGCUGCCCGUCAGCAUCCCCCUGGCCAGCGUGGUAUUGCCCAGCCGCGCCGAGAAGGUGAGAAGCACCCCCAGCCCUGUGCCUCAGACCCGAGAGUCCUCAUCCACACUUGAAAAGCAGAUGGGUGCUAAUGGCCAUGGUGCUGGGAGCAACGCUGCUGGAAGCAAAGGCCUCGCCCUGGCCCCCACAGCAGGUUUCUCCUACACUGGCUCAGUGGCCAUCAGUGGGGCCCUGGCAGGCAGCCCAGCCCCGCUUGCUGCUGGAGCUGAGCCCUCUGCCUUCGAUGAGUCCUCCAGUUCGGGGAGCCUCUUCACUACCAUGAGCUCCCGCAGCUCCACCCCACAGCACCAUCAACUACUAGUGCAGCCCCGGAACUCCGGUCCGGCCUCACCGACUCACCAGCUCUGUGUUAGCCCCCGGCUGAGUGCUGCCCAGGGCCCACUCCCUGAUUCCAGCAAAGGAGACCUUCCCCCUGAGGCUGGCUUCUCAGAUCCAGAGAACGAGGCCAAGAGGAGGAUCAUCUUCACCAUCUCAGCUGGUGCUGGCAGCGCCAAGCAGUCGCCUUCUAACAAGCACAGCCCUCUGCCAGGGGGCGCCCGCGGAGACAGCAGCCAGAGCCAUGGACAGGACAGCCGAAAGCGGGGCAGGAGGAAGCGGGCAUCAGCAGGGACUCCUAGCCUGAGCUCGGGUGUGUCCCCCAAGCGCCGGGCCUUGCCAUCUGUCGCCGGUCUCUUCACACAGUCUUCAGGGUCCCCCCUCAACCUGAACUCCAUGGUCAACAACAUUAACCAGCCUUUGGAAAUCACAGCCAUCUCGUCCCCUGAGAGCUCCCUGAAGAGCUCCCCUGUCCCUUACCAGGACAAUGACCAGCCGCCCGUGCUCAAGAAGGAGAAGCCCCUGAGCCAAACCAAUGGGGCCCACUACUCCCCACUGACCUCCGACGAGGAGCCGGGCUCUGAGGACGAGCAAGGCAGCACCAGAAUUGAGAGAAAAAUUGCAACUAUCUCCUUAGAAAGCAAAUCUCCUCCGAAAACCUUAGAAAAUGGUGGCAGUCUGAUAGGAAGGAAGCCGGUGCCCUCCAGCGAGCCCAUCAACAGCAGCAAGUGGAAGUCCACCUUCUCGCCCAUCGCCGACCUCAGCCUGGCCAAGGCUGCCGACAGCCCACUACAGGCCAGCUCCGCUCUGAGCCAGAACUCCCUGUUCGCUUUCCGGCCCGCCCUAGAGGAGCUUGGCUCAGUUGAUGCCAAGCUGGCCGCCCACCCCAGGAAGAGCUUCCCGGGUGCACUGUCAGGGGCUGGCGGGCUGAGUCCCGUCAGCAACCCUCCCAACGGCUUUGCCUUCAGCGGGGGCCUGGCUGCCGACCUCAGUUUACACAGCUUCAGUGAUGGUGCUUCUCUCCCCCACAAGGCCCCUGAGGCGGCCAGCCUGGGUGCCCCCCUGAGCUUUUCCGCCCCUAGAGGCAAGGAGGGCAGCACAGAGCCUGGCACCUUUGUGAACAAGAGGCAGCUGGAUGUAUUGGGUGGCCCAAAAGGCGAGGGGGUCAAGGGCAGGGAGGCAGAGGGGGGCCUGCCCAUGUGCACACCCUCAGACAAGGCCUCGUCGCAUGGCAAGGUGGGCAAGGGCCGGGACCGUGAGCCUGACUUCAAGAAUGGCCACAAUCUCUUCAUUUCCGCGGCUGCCGUGCCUACUGGGGGUCUCCUCAGCGGUCCAGGCCUCACCACAGCAGUGUCCUCAGCAGGCGGCACAGCCCCCUCCUCCCAGACACACCGGCCCUUCCUGGGCACUUUCGCACCUGGCCCACAGUUUGCCUUGGGCCCCAUGUCCCUGCAGGCCAACCUAGGCUCGUCUGUGCUGCAGUCCUUGUUCAGCUCUGUGCCGGCUGCCGCUGGCCUAGUGCACGUCUCAUCAGCUGCAACAAGACUGACCAACUCGCAUGCCAUGGGCAGCUUUUCCUCUGGUGUGGCAGGCGGUGCAGUUGGAGGUAUCUUUAACCACGCGGUGCCUUCCUCCUCCACUCAUCCGUUUGGAACCAGUUUCGGCAGCGGGGCUGCUUGUCGCAGCACCACGCUGAGCUUAACCCCCAUGCAGGCGGUGGCCAGUACCCCCGCCUCUUCCUUUCAGGCCCUGUCCUCUGUGGAGACGAGGCAGCCCCCACCCCAGCCUCCUCUGCCCAUGAGUCGUCCCCCUGCGGGGCCACCAGCACACCACGAGCCCCCCCCUCCUAACGUCGCCUUGCCUCCUACUCCCGUGAUGCUCCCUGCUAACUCUGAGCCCGUGGUCCUACAGAAACUUGCGCCCCUCCCGUCUAACCAAGCUUUCUUACCUGCUUCCUCUGCUGCUUCUCUGCCUCCUGCUAACGCCUCUCUGUCCAUCAAGCUCGCCUCCCUCCCACACAAGGUCUCCCGCCCCUCUUUUAUGGUGCACCACCAGUCCCUGCCAGGGCUGGCCCUGGCCCAGGCCUCGCCCAUGAUCCCGCAGGCCAGCUCCACGGGGCCAUCCGCCAUGUGGGUUUCCCUUGGCAUGCCGCCUCCUUAUGCCGCGCGCCUUGCGGGGGUUAAGCCGCGAUAAAGACCUUGGUUAGCUAGCCGUUCUGUUCUGUAAGGUAACUAGGAUUUCUACCUCAACCUCGAGACCUGUGCAAGGACAGGUGGGCCAUGAGGCUGGUGGCCAACCAGAUGGCUGGACAGACCGAGGACAAGGCUCUGCUGUGAGUCCACGCUGCGCAGACCUGCGGGAGAUGCUGGGCCUGUCUCCAGCUUACUGUCGAUAGUUUUAGAUAAAGUAUUUAUCGUUUUUUAAAAAGUAUAAACAAUUUUGACUUAUUCCAUGGAAGUCAUAAAGACAACCUAUUAAGAAAUGUAAAUACUAUAUAUGAGAGGAUCUAUAUAAAGACAUCGACCCAACGGACUGGCCCGCCAGCGGAGAUGCCAAUAGCCGGGCCCGGUGCUAUCUCAUCGCCAGGCCUCGCCGUCUCCACGUUCUCUUGGUGCUGACUCGAGGUUGACCAACGCCAAAACCAGUCCUUGACGCGCCUGCCCUGUCAUCCCCACACUUUCCCAUACCAAAGGCACGCCUGUCUCCUGGUCGAGGGUGGUUCCCUUGGUUUUUAAUGCCCCUCGGAAAAGGCCCCCUCCCCCACCCCGUCACUGUGAAUGCUCCAGCCAGAUCGUCAGCCCUGGUCCCCGGGAUGGCACCUUUGGCAUAGGAAGGGCCAGUGGGUGGCCUCCAGAUGCUGCUCAAAGGAGGGCUGCUGUGAGUGGUGCUCGUGGGGCAGGUCUGGUACUUGACUCCAAUGUGGGGCUCUGGGGAGCAAGUGCUUUAUUUGUAUGUCUUGUACUGUCUUGGGCUUGUGCAGUCCGGGAGUGCUGGCCGGGUCAUGGGGCAGGUUAGCCGUGGGUGCCUGGUGUGUCUGUACAGAAAAGAGUCACGCUGACAAGUGACAGUAUUUUAUAUAGAUGUGAUGAAAAUUUAUAAAUUUCAUAGACUUGACUUCAUUUAUUUUUAGAUGGUAUUAAUGCACAGUAAACUUUAAAAAAAAAAAAGAAAAUUGAGGGGGAAAACCUUUUUAUUUAUUCAAGUGUACACAAGUGGCAUUGGCCUAGGGCCAGAGCGCUCCGCAUCCCCCUGGUCAGUCCAUGCUGCUGCUCCAUGGCCCUUCAGUCCCAUGACUGGGGUGACAACUGCCCUCACAUUGGAGCAGUCUCCAUGGUGCUUAGAGAAAAAUGCACCUCGGGUGAUCGAGGGCAAAGGCUGGCUUUGCAGGAAGGUAGGAGAGCUGUUUGGAUGCUUCCAGAGGUUGCCAAAAGGUUCUUGGGUUCCUCCAGCGCUGAAGUUGCAACGAGUCCUGGGUCUCUCGGUUGAGCAAUGUUUGUGCGUUGUCCCUGAAAGGGCGUUUCCAGAAGCCUUCAGUCCUCUUGAAGGGCAGUCAGCCAAAGGUCCCAGCUGGUAGGGGGACCUGGACCCUGAGAGUGGGGUGCUCCAGCCUGGGUGAGCUCAGUCAGAGCCCUGGCUGCUCUGGUGCUUGUCCCCAUGAUGUGGCACCACCAAGGAACAUGGGAACUCAAAGCCUCAAGCUCCCACUUUCCCCACCCUGGCCACUGCAGCCCAUUCCUCCAGAUGUGGUUGCCAGGGGCCCUCUGCCCGCCUGGGAGGGUUGCUAUGGCGGGCCUCACCUGGCCCGUCCCCCUCUUGAUUGAGGUCAGGGCUGGAGCUGGCCUUUUUGGGGGGUGGGCAUUUUGUGGAACACGGGCCCAAAAGGGUGCAGAGCAGGCUUGGCUGUUGACCUCAUUUCCUCAGGUGGGUCCUGGUAGAGCCCUGCCUCCUGCUUGCCCUGGGGUGGUGCCUGGCCCAGAAUAAUAGUUGAGGCUGAAGAUGGUGCUUGGACAGGUUUUCCUAACUGGCUGUCCUGUAACUGCUGCCCUGGCUCCCUUACCUCCAGGUCUGUGCUUUUGGCACACGAAGGUGCUGUGCUCACCCCGUAUCCCACAACCCCAUCCCCAGCACAGGGCAGCAGCACCCUUCUCCAUGUUGGGAACACAGGAAUCCCUAAAAAGCUGCAGGGUUAACAGUAGGAAAAGUCAGCAGGUGGCAAGUCCCUAGUCUGGAACCAACAGUCCUGUACUUAACACUGCAUCGCUUCAUGGUGACUGUACACCACUGUGUAGGACUUACUACUGAUGUGCCAUGUCUGUGCUCCCCACACAACCAAGUCUGCCCAAUAGGCAGAGCUGGGUUCUUCUGGUUAACACUGUGGUCUCCCUUCUGGGCCCAUCCCCCAGCCCUCCUGACUGUGAGAUCGAAUGGCCGCUGUUGGCAGCAAAGGCAGCUGCAGGGGGGAAGGCCAAAUGAACGACCCCGCUGCCACCGUGGGGAACAAGUUCUAGUCUCUGGGCAGAGAUCCGGUGCUGCUCUGACUGCGGGCAACUUCAGAGAAGCCCAGGGCUGUGAGGGCACUUUGCUCAGGAAAAUCUAAUUCAGAACACCCUCCCAGUCAGGAGGAGCCAGCCUUCCCUUCCAUUUCUGACUUGUGAUUAUUUAAGACACACUUGCCCCUUUAUUUAUCCGCACCGUCGCAGGAGACUUCAUUUCCCCACCACCCUGUCAUUCCCAUUUACAUGGUCCAUCCACGCCAGCUUGUGUGGCUUGUGUCUCGUGUGUCAAUGACCUUGACUGUUAUUCAGACUGGCCCUGCUUUGUCAUUCUGGUAGACCAUGUUUCAGUUGGGGUCGCUGGUGUGGCCCAUCCCUUCGGGUUGCUGGCUUGACCCUCUUUCCCUAAGGAAACCCCACUGCACUCUGAUUUCCAUCUCUAGACUGUAAUAAAAUGUUUGUUUUCACUUGAA